AUGGGCGGCUCUAUGAGCGACAGCGGGCUAACUGGCGACGCCAGCCACGGCUAUUUUCCUGGUCCGGGCGGCCUUUGCGAGGGCAGCGCGUGGGAGAAGCGAGCCUUCCCGGACCUGAGCCAGGCACGCCAGUCGGGGGUGAACGCCCACCUCGUGAAAGAUCACCGCCUCCACGAGCUGCAGGGGUUGGUGUGGAUGUUGCUGCACGGAGGGGGCGCGUGUACUGUCCUGUCCCUGCUUGUCGUUGCUCGGAUCCCGCUCGCGCCCGUGGUUGGGCUAAUGCCUGAAGCCAGGGCGGCUGCUGUGGAGGCCGCCCCGAUGGAGGUGGAUGGUUUGCCAUUACCAUCUUUCGAGGCCAUCCAGGCUGCCCGCACCAGUACUCUGCGGCAUGUGCCGGUUGCUGCGAGGCAUGCGUGGAACCAGGUGCUUACACGAGCUUUAGCCGCUGUGGGGCAUCACAAUAACCUGGAGUCCUGGCUGGAGCUUUUGAUGUUACCGCAGUGCGUGCUUUGUGCACCUGGGCGGGGGGGCCGAAGGCACCGCAAGGCUGCCGCCGCCUUCACUUUGGACAGGCUGCAGCGGUGGCAGGAGGGGGAGCGCCUGUCACUCUGGGAGGCCCGUCCUUGCCGCCGGGCUGCGCGCACUGGGCCGCUGACGCCCGAGGAACGCAGGGACAUCGCUACCAGUUGGGGGCGCGAGGGCUUUGACCGGAAGGCUUGUGCCGCUCUCUUGUCCAAAGGUCUCUGCCCUCAGAACGAGGACACUGCUAGGGCCCUUGCUGCUCUUCACCCACACCGGCCCUUGCCUGCAGCGCCGGCCAUCGCUGACCUGCCGCUGCCGCCUAGUAUGGCUCCGGAGCUUGUGGCGCGGUGCUUGCGGGCUUUCCCGGCCGAGACCGCCCCCGGCCCGAGCGGCCUCCGUGUGCAACAUCUGCGCGAUGCCUGCUGUGCUGGAAGCACUGACAACUUUCUGGCUCAGCUAUCCGCUGUUGUGGACCUCCUCGCUCAGGGCCGUGCGCCUGCUGAGGUUGCACCGGUGCUUGCGGGCGCUAGCCUCGUCGGUGUGUCUGUAAAGGGUGGGGCGGAAAAGGCUGUGCACGCCGUGCGAGCCUGGAGUGACAGACAUGCGGGCUCGUCCCAGAAGGCCAUCCUGAAGCUUGAUCUGCGAAACGCUUUUAACUGCGUGAGCAGAGAGGAGGUUUUGCGACAGGCUGCCGCCCACUUUCCAUCCCUGGCUCGUUGGGCUACGUGGUGCUACCGCCAACCCAGUCGUCUUCAGUUCGGCGACCGUAGUCUGGAGUCGUCGGCUGGAGUGCAACAGGGGGAUCCCCUGGGCCCCUUGUUGUUCUCUCUUGCCUUGCAACCACUGGCGUCUGAGUUGCGCGGUGGCGCUCUGGACCUCGCAGUGCACUUCCUUGAUGAUGGCGUGCUCGCUGGUGACAUUCCUGCCUUGGGCACUGCGCUCCAGCUCGCCCAACGGCGAGCUGCAGACAUCGGCCUCGAACUUAACCUCGGCAAGUGCGAGCUGGUGGUGUUUGGCGCCACCAAUGCGCAGCUCCUUCAGCCGCACUUUCCUGCUGCCCUGCUGCGUCGCGCAGACGGAAGCAGCCGUGUUCUGACAAACAACUUUGAGUUCUUGGGUGCAGCCAUCGGCGACGAGUCUUACAUCUGCCAGCACACUUCUGCGCGGGUGGCCAAGGCCGGCGAGUUGCUGGAAGCGGUUGCUGAACUGGAGGACCCACAAGUGGGCCUCCGUCUCUUGCGAGCUUGUGCGGGGUUCUCGCGUAUGGUCCACAGCAUGCGUUGCAACCCCCCCGAAGCGCAAGCCGAUGCCCUCGCCACCUUCGACGGUCUGGUGCAACGCUGCUUCGGCGACCUUACCGGCAUCCACCUGACUGAUGACCAGUGGCGGCAGGCUUCACGGGGUGUCGCCCAAGCUGGAUUGGGACUUCGCUCUUGCCUUGCCCACGCGCCAGCGGCCUAUCUGGCAUCCUUAGGAGCCAGCAUGGCUGCCUGUGCCGACAUCGACCACACCUUCUCUGGUCCACGUGUUCAAGCUUCGCCUGCUGUGGCGGGUGCUCUUCGGGCACUUUGUAAUAACCUCCCUGCCGAUGCCCAGAUGUCCCUGGAUGCGGCUCUGGCUGCCAGGCAGCGCGACCUGUCGGAGCGACUUGACCGCGCCGAUUGGCAAGCACACCUGGCAAAGGCUAGCCUUGUGGAACGUGCGGUGCUCCGCUCUGAGGCUGGCCUUGGCGCCCGGGCCUUCCUCGCGGCCAUCCCUUCUGGGCGUACUCGGAUGGAACGUCCUGGCCUGCUUUUGCCCCAGUCCCCAGACGACGCCAGUUCUGCCGCUCGGCGGCCGGCCGAUAUCUACGUGCCCGCUUUGUCCGGGUCUCCUACCGCACUUGACUUUGCCAUCACGGCACCUCAGCGGCAGGAGACCCUGGCCUUGGCAGGCCAACAGGGUGGCGCUGCUGCAGCUGCGUAUGCCCGGGAUAAGGAGGCCUAUAAGCAGACUGCGCAGGCCUGUAAGUCCCAAGGCGUCGCCUUCGUCCCAAUGGUGGCAGAGGCGACGGGUACUUGGGAUGUGGGUGCUGCAGUCAUCAUAAAGCACGUGGCGCGUGCUGUUGCGGCUCGUGCCGGGGAGGAGCCCGGCCCACUGCAUUCCCUUUUGAUGCAGGAAUUGUGCGUGGCUGCACGCUCCCACCGAGCCAGGGCCGCCCUGAGGAGGAGGCUCGCGGCCUCUGAAACAGUGCUUUAG